UAAUGGUUCCGCACGGAUAUAUGGAAAGAUUUAUCCAACAUACAGUUUCCUCUGUGGUUGACAUCAACAUUAUUUAAGGUGUGUAAGCGCGGCGCCCAGACAGCGCCACCAGGUGUACGAGAAUGAGCCUGGGAGGACAACCAAGAGGUGUUGACCCGGCGGCCCUGCAGGAGCACCUCUGGGGCCUGUGGAACAGGAAAGAGCAGGAGGAGCUGCGGCAGUUUUUAGCGGGCAGUUUCUCGCAGAUGCAGGAGCCCUUGUCUGGUCUGCUGGACCUCCUGGAGGGUUGCGUUCCCGUCCAAAAGGGCAAGACCACCACUCCGAACCAGUUGAUCCUCUCAGAGUUUAUGCGCUGGAGGACCAGUAAUCCCCAGGCCAGUCUGAAUGUCCUGAGGGAGGAAGAGCGACUGCGCCUCCAGCAGCAAGCGCUGGGUCUCCUCACAGACUCUCAUCCCGGGUUCAUGGACCCCCUGCUGGAGCUGUACCAGCUGAGCUCGCUGAGGAAACCACUGCUGCUGGAGCACGUGUUCCUCCUGCAGGACCUCUGCUGCUUCAAAGAGGCGUUGGUGUUCAGUGUCAAAGUGGAGCUCCAGAAGGAUCUGGACAUGGAGAAGAUGUGUGUGCCGGUCAUCCUCCUGGACAAGCUGUCUCUGGCGGAGCUGUACGUGCGGGAUCACCCCGAGCUGCAGCGGCGGCUGCUCGCACUGCUGGACUCCUGGUGCGACCCCGGCUUCUGCAUGCAGGCUCUGCUCAGUCAGCACCCAUACCUGGUUCUGUCCAAGCAUCAGACGGACCAGAUUCAGCCCAAGCUGCUCAGUAAGCAUGUCUUCAGACUCAUGGAGAAGUUCUGCAUUGACCCAGGUCUGUGCUCUAACUCUGUCUACAAGAGGAAGCUGGACUCACUGAGGUUUCUCAUGUACAAAACCUUUGGUGAGAAAGGUAUGUCUGAAGAGAACUGGAGAGACCAUGUUCAGGCUAUGAUUGAAGGUAAUCUAGAGCUCCAGGUUCAGUUGGUGCAGCUGUUGGUUAAACACUGUAGCCUCCAGACUGCGGCCCAGUGGGCUGCACAUUACAGCGUACCCAGAAACAGGCUUCCAAUAGGAGUCUGGGACAAAAUUCAGAGCCUUUCCCCCAAGGAGCGAGAGAUGUGUGCUGUAAGCGGCCCACCGGAGCCCUGGACACCCCUUCAGUCUGAUCAGAAAAAAUACUACCAGAUGCCUCUAGCCAGAGAAAACGUCCACUUUGUAGAGACAUUAGAUAAAAUUGAGCAGUGCAGAAAAGCUGUUUUAAAGCCUGGCUGUGUGGUGGGAAUUGACAUGGAGUGGAGAGCUGGUUUUGGCACGGUGUCGCCUCAGCGCGUGGCUCUGAUCCAGCUGGCCCUACAGGAACAGGUGUUUCUGCUGGACCUUUGUGCUCAUGCCAUCAGCCACCACAGCAUCACAGUGGACUUCAUCAGGGCUCUGCUGUCAGACAACAGCAUCAUUAAACUCGGUUAUGGGAUGUCUGGAGACUUGCGGAGUCUGGUCAGCACGUGGCCUGAGCUCAGGGAAGAGCCAAUGAAGAUGGAAGGAGUUCUGGACCUUCUCCACGUCCAUCAGGAGCUUCAGCGGUGCCGGUUAGGGAACAAAGGGUGUCGGUCAGUGGAAGUUUGUGAGGGACCGGCAGAGAAGGGCCUGAGUCUGCUAGUACAGCAGGUGUUGGGAAAACCACUGAACAAAACUGAGCAACUGUCCAACUGGGAACGCCGGCCACUCCGGACCAGCCAACUCCGCUAUGCUGCCGCUGAUGCGUACUGCCUGCUGAACGUCUACCUUGUCCUCUCCCGGGACCCGAAGGCAUAUGGUUUGCCAGAGGACCUCUGCUCCAUUCCCUCAGCCCAACUGGCCAAGAGCCGGGAGGAGAAGAAACCCAAAGAGAAGAACAAGCAGUCUAAAAGAAGAGAGGCUCGGCAAAAGGCGAACGAGCCCCAGUCUGUGGAGAAGGACUGUUUUAAGUAUCCGGAGUACCAAGGGCCCACCAUCACGCCGCCAGAUCUGCGAGUGGUCUGUGAUAACAUGCUGCAGGGUCUGGGACGUUUUUUGCGAUGUCUGGGGGUGGACGUCAAGAUGCUGGAAAACACAGAUGACCAUAAAGUAGCAGCGGAGCUGGCCCGUGCUGAAGGUCGUGUCAUCCUCACCGCAGGUCAGCCCUACCAAACACUACGGUCACAGGUCGGAGAGGGCCGCUGCCUGAUUUUGGACUGCUCAGAAAAGGCACGUGACCAGGCCGUGCACGUUCUCAGACAUUUCCAUGUCCGCCUAACCCCUGCAGACAUCUUCAGUCGAUGCCAGGCUUGCAACUGUAACGAGUACUUUAAGCUGUCCCGAGAGAAAAUGACCCGCAUGAUGAAAGAGAGAGGUCUUCUUCAGGACAUCGUAUCUAAGCGGGAUGACUGCGAACCGCAGGAUGAAGCACAAGAGGAUUACAAUAGCUGGAGGCCCCCAGAGGGCCCCGAGUUCACCCCUCAUUGCCGCUGGGCCCCCGACACGGCCCUGGACCCCCAGACCUUCAGAUUCCCCAGCGGGGCCGAAGUUCAGCUGGAGACGGUUCCCCCAGGCCUCCUUCCCCGGAUCCCCGUGUACUUCAUCUGCACCGGCUGUGGAAAGGUGUUCUGGGAGGGGACGCACUACGACCGGGUGCUGUCCCAGUUCCAGAAGGUCCUGCACGUCAGCGGAAGCCUCGCAUGAGAUCGACCGCGAGAGAGUCCAGGUGUAAUGAACUCUCGCUGU